UUGCCCCUUUUCAGGUUCAAUGAAUUUGGAGACAAUGGUGGACCUGCAGCAGAACAGUGGGCUCCCAAAUUGGCUCUUGUCAAGAAGCAUAUUGAUGGAAUAAUUGGGAAAAACAAUUUCCACAUUGAUGCCAGGACUUUCGUUGCUGCAUCCAUCUUCCUAAAUGGAUUUGGAGGACUUCUAUUUGUUCUUGGCAGCAGUUUUGGUGCUUAUCUUCUGAUGUAUUACUUGAUAUUGACAACUCCUUUAAUGUAUGACUUCUACAACUAUGAAGCUGGAAAGCCAGAGUUUUUCAGAGUCUUAUGUGAGUUCCUUCAGUGUGCGGCACUUGUUGGUGCAUUGCUGUUCUUCCUCGGAAUGAAGAACUCGAUUACAAGGAAGCAACCAAAAAGAAAGAUCACCAAAUCGAAGGCUGCUUGAUGCAACGAGAGAAGCAGGCUCUGGGAAAUUGUUUAGAGGAGGUUGGAUUCAAAGGCAUAGGUUAAAUUAGGCAGAGUCGAUAAACUAUUCAGUGUCAGCUCCUAUUUGCUAAGCCAACAUUUGGUGCUGUAUUCUGCUGUUUUCUUAGUCAAUUUUUUAGUCUGGAACCCUUUUUUUAAAACAAGCAAUUUGAUUUUUUAUGCCCAA